CAGGCUCGCCUUUGCUCUCUCUCUGUGCCAGAGCCCUGGACCCUGGCUGGCAUCUCCUGAGAGCAAAGCGAAGCCCGCGAGUGAUCUCUGGGGGAACUUCCUAGAAAAAAGAAAGAAUUUCAGGUUCGAACGGUGUAGGGAGGGCCGAACACGGGAGGAAGGGAGCGCUCCUCGGCAGGGACCGAGGUUGGCCAGGGCUGCCCUGAGCCCUGGAGAAUCCCCAGAGCGCUCGUCCACUACAUGCCCACGUGCGUGCGUGUGCCAGGGAGCGAGAGCCCGGACAGCGGGUGUCGGAGGCAGGACCAGGAGCUGCAGAGGUGCCGCGGGCAGAGUCCCAGUGAGCGCGCUGCCCGGGCGCGGAGCCCAGGGGCCGCCCACUGGCGGGGGAGGCGGGGAGUGCGCAGGGAGGCGGCGGCGGCGGUGGGGCUUUCCCGGGCUUCCCCUCCCCGGGUCGCGUGUGCCCGGCGCGGGCCCAGGACGCGGAGGCGGUUCCCGGGGAGAGGGAGCCCGGAGUCCCCGAGGCGGCCCCGGCUCCGCACUAGGACGCUGGCUCCGCAGCAUCGCGAGCGGCCGGCGCGGCUUCCCGGAGACCCGGAGCCCGAGGCGGCAGGUUUGGGCUGAGCCCUCCCCGGCGCCUUCCCCCGCCCGGCGCCCGCCUCCGCCCCCGCCCGCGGCCUGGAGCGCGCCUCCCUCGCCUCCCAGGGUCUGGCGAGCCGACGCCGGCCGAGCUGCGGGAGCCGCGCAGAGCGCCAGCCGUCGCCGCGGGAGCUGCUCCGGCCGCACCAUGCGGGAGCUGGCCAUUGAGAUCGGGGUGCGAGCCUUGCUCUUCGGAGUCUUCGUUUUUACAGAGUUUUUGGAUCCGUUCCAGAGAGUCAUCCAACCGGAAGAGAUCUGGCUCUAUAAAAAUCCUUUGGUGCAAUCAGAUAACAUACCUACCCGCCUCAUGUUUGCAAUUUCUUUCCUCACACCCCUGGCUGUUAUUUGUGUGGUGAAAAUUAUCCGGCGAACAGACAAGACUGAAAUUAAGGAAGCCUUCUUAGCGGUGUCCUUGGCUCUUGCUUUGAAUGGAGUCUGCACAAACACUAUUAAAUUAAUAGUGGGAAGACCUCGCCCCGAUUUCUUUUACCGCUGCUUUCCAGAUGGAGUGAUGAACUCGGAAAUGCACUGCACAGGUGACCCUGAUCUGGUGUCCGAGGGCCGCAAAAGCUUCCCCAGCAUCCAUUCCUCCUUUGCCUUUUCAGGCCUUGGCUUCACGACGUUCUACUUGGCGGGAAAGCUGCACUGCUUCACCGAGAGUGGGCGGGGAAAGAGCUGGCGGCUCUGUGCUGCCAUCCUGCCCUUGUACUGCGCCAUGAUGAUUGCCCUGUCCCGCAUGUGUGACUACAAGCAUCACUGGCAAGAUUCGUUUGUGGGCGGAGUCAUCGGCCUCAUUUUUGCAUACAUUUGCUACAGACAGCACUAUCCUCCUCUGGCCAACACAGCUUGCCAUAAACCCUACGUUAGUCUGCGAGUCCCAGCCUCGCUGAAGAAAGAGGAGAGACCCACAGCAGACAGCGCACCCAGCUUGCCUCUGGAGGGGAUCACUGAAGGCCCCGUAUGACCAGUGUCCUGGGAGGAUGGACGCUAAGCCCUGGGCACAUCUGCCACCCUGACAUCAUAACACACUAGAAAUGGUUUUCUGUAGUGUUUUUCAUCAGUUGUUUCUCAAAGUCAUCGUACUUCUGCUUCUGUUUCACUGAUGGUGUUCCUGCUACUUUAAAUGUCUACUUCCAACAUCCUUGAAUUUGCAAACGAAGGACUCCAGGAACAAUCUCUGAGAGACGUGUGGAAGAGGCUGCAAAGGUGGGGUUUGGGGAGCUUGGCCGAUUCCUGUAUCCAAAGUGUUUGCUGUAACAGCCACCUUCCUAUGUUUUCAUGGUUGUAAAACAUAAUAAAACCUCCCACCUGGAAGAGUUGGUGUUGGCCGCCCAGUGCAACAAGUCAUUUGGGGAUGCAGCGGGUUUCUCAGCAGAGACCCAAAGCCAGCUUUGUCUGUAGGUCAUUCCAGGUGCUGAGCUUGGAAGCAAAGGCUCAGAACCUUUCUGAGCCAUCAGCUUCUCAUAGCCCAUGUCUCUAAAAUAGAUUUGAAACUUGGAGUGACAGCUUGAGCAUUUCCAGGGCUUUUGAAUCAUUGAAUCUGGAAGCAAAUAAAAUUAAUAACUUCAUGCACAGACCUCCACCAAACACAAUGAGCGUGAAGAUGCAUGCGUGCAUGUGUGGGGGAUGAGGUCACUGUAGUUGCCUGAGGGUUCAUGGGCACAAUAUCCUUCCCAUCUUCCAGUCUGUUUGUGGAGCCACUUCUGUAGCUCUGCCUCAUACAGUGAAUUUUGGGGGCAUGGGGGCUUUACUUAGCUCUUCUGCAAGAAGUGGUGUGACUGAUCUCACAGAUCAGAAACCGCAUGCCUGGGGCUCAUCUCAAGGGAGUGGCUGAGUGGCCAUUGGAGGUAAGAAGCAGCUUCAGGCUGAGAGUUUUUCCCCUUUAAGGUCUGAGUUUGCAGAGCUCUGCUCUAAGGAUUCUCCAAGUGGUGGUGUGUUCCCGUUCCUAUCUAGCAGGCAAUGUUUCAGCAUGAUAGGACUCUGGUAGAGGGUACAAGAACAGAAUCAGCAAUGUGCCAUGUCUCUCGCUCAGCUCUUUGCAUUGUUGAAUACAGCCAGCCAGCCAGUCAAUAUGAACCCUUUUCAGUCUGAGUAUACAGCACACUGCUCCUUGGCCAGCUUGUUUUUUCAAGGCAGUGAACAUCCCCUUCAUCCAGUUCCGAUCGGAUGUACCAUGUGGUUCUUCAGAUUCCUGGGCCUGGGUGCUACGAGGUGAUGCAUCUUUGCUAUCCGGAGUGUUACUUUUUUUUUUGAGAUGGAGUCUCGCUCUGUUGCCCAGACUGGAGUGCAGUGGCAUGAUCUCGGCUCAUUGCAACCUCUGCUUCUGGGUUCAAGCUAUUCUCGUGCCUCAGCCUCCCAAAUAGCUAAGACUACAGGCACCCACCUCCACGCCUGGCUAAUUUUUGUAUUUUUAGUAGACACGGGAUUUCACCAUGUUGGCCAGGCUGGUCUCGAACUCCUGGCCUCAAGUGAUCUCGCCUCAGCAUCUCAAAGUGCUGGGAUUAUAAGUGUGAGCCACUGCACCUGGCCAAGAGUGUCACUUUUGGGCAGUUAACAUAACAGACUGCAUUUUGAGAGACUUGAGUGGCUGCCUAAAUGGUCAACUGAUCAGCGCUGGGCUGCAUGUCCAAGUUAGAAACAUCAGAAUAUCUUUGAUCAGCCAUUUCCGUUAAGCUCCAUGGGCUUAACCUUGGAGUGCAUGUACCACAGACUAUGCUCCAUGAGCCCCAGUGCAGCUCUCUCCAGCGCUGGUCCUUCCAAACUGGCUUUGGCACAGAGUCAUGUGAUUAUCCCAUGGAUGGAGUGGGAGAAGGGGAGGCUUGAAUUGACUUCCAUCCAAAGUCAAGCCAUUGAUUUUUUAAAAGUUAUAGUAGUUACAUUGGCAAGCAACUUUGAAGAUGAAUGUGGAUAUUUUAAGAGAUAAAUCAUAGCAAUUGAAAAGACAUAAUUUUAAAUUCUGAGCUAAAAUUCAUUUAAAAUUAGAAAAUUAAACAAUAAUUUAACUAAAAACUCUAUAAUUUUCAAAAAAUAAAGCCCCAAAUAGAAAUAUAGGAAAAGAAUCCUUUGCUAAUGUUAGGAAAAAAAAAAAAAAAAAAAAAAACCCAUCCUGAUGUGGCCCACAUUCUUAUUUGAUUCUGGUUUUAUCUGAGUUCUGUGACAGAAAGCAGGAGGAAAGGAAAAGGAUUGUACUUCAGUUGUUAAAGGCUUAAAAUUCUGAACCACAAAGUGUAAAUUUAAUAUAAAUAAUUAAAGAUAAAUGGCCAGGAAGUACUCUGCAAAGUAACAACAGAGUAUUAUUAAUGCCGAUAAUUACACAGAAAAUCCUAAGACUGGCCAUGUAAAAGCUUUGAUUAAAAUAUCGUUAAAACUACAAAUGAUGUAAUAACAUGAAGCUGAUGGUAGGAUCCUCAGGAGUCAUAAUGAACAAUGUAAGCCAGUUCACAAAAGGCAGGUAUUUUUACAGAUCCUUAUGUUUUAAUUUCAUGCUCUAUUCAUGUGAAGUAAAUAUAACAUCACAGUGUACCAAUUAAAUGGCCAUAAUGAGAACA